AUGGCUGUCAGCGAGCAGCCUCCUAUCUCCGACAACACCGACACCGUUAUACUGGGCUGCGGCAUCAUAGGCCUGUGUACUGCCUACUAUCUGACCGAGGCCGGUAAAAACAAUCCACAAAAUGUGCACAUUGUCGAUUCGAGUGCCGAGUUAUUCCAUUGCGCAUCAGGUCUCGCGGCGGGGUUCUUGAGCGCUGAUUGGUUCGCACCAUCCGUAUCCUCUCUCGGUACUCUAUCUUUCAAACUCCACUCCGACCUCGCCCAAACGCACGGCGGCCGCAAAGCAUGGGGCUAUUCCUCCUCAACCGGCGUUUCCCUUUCACAAGACAGCGAAUCAGCAAUUGCCGGUAGUGGCGAAGAUUGGCUGGAGAAUGGAACAAGCAGAGCACAAGCAGCAGGUCAUAACAAACCGCGCGAAGGGCAGAUUACUCGCCCAGGAUGGCUGCGACGCACACAAGAAGGGACCAUGGAAGUCAUUAGUCGAGAUGGCACAACAGCGCAGAUAGACCCGUUGAGAUUCUGCCAGUGGGUGCUGAAGGAGGUCAAGGCAAGAGGCGUAACCAUACAUCAACCUGCGCGAGCAACGGGUGUGAUUCAAGACUCCGAGGGCGUACUAAGUGGUGUACGAAUACAACAAGGCGACGACGCCGACUCCCAAAUCGAGCUACCAUGCUCCCGCCUCGUAAUCGCCUCCGGCGCCUGGUCCCCCCGCGUCUUCACCACCCUCUUCCCCACCUCCAAAUCCCGCAUCCCCAUCUCCCCGCUAGCAGGCCACUCCCUGCUGGUGCGGAACCCUCAUUUCAACCCCACAGACGCCGACACCGAGGCCUGCCACGCCAUCUUUGCGACCGACACACUGGGUUUCUCGCCAGAAUGGUUUGCGCGGCUCGGCGGCGAGUUGUACCUGGGGGGUCUGAAUAGCACGACUGUGCCGCUGCCGGAUGUCGCGACGGACGUAAAGCCGAAUGAGAAGGCUGUUGAGCAGUUGAGGCAGUGUGCGCAGGUUAUGAUAGUUGCGGCACCGGAGAAGGAGAUUGAGGUUUUGAGGGAAGGUUUGUGUUUCCGUCCCGUUACAUCUAGCGGUCGACCGAUUGUUGCGCGGAUACCAGACGAGAAAUUGGGCGGCCUCAAGACGAAAGAAGAGGCCAAGGGUGGUGUUUUUAUCGCUGCGGGCCAUGGUGCUUGGGGUAUUUCACAUGCGCCAGGUACGGGGUUGGUGCUUUCGGAGUUGAUGCUUGGACAACCAACUAGUGCGAAGGUGGAGGCGUUGCAGUUUCCAUUGUAA